CUCUCCCACUAAGGGCCCAAGGCCCCAAGGUCCCCAACUCUCCCCCCCACCCUCUCUCUCUCUCAACAUUUUGCUUCCCACCUUUAAACUCUUUCAGAAAAGCUGCAAAAUAUAAACCCUAAUUUCCGAAAUCAAACCCCAUUUUUAAUAUCUUUCAUGUUUCUGCCAAAUCAAUCACCUUCUUCAUUCUUCUCGUUCCUUGUUGUUCGAAAUUUUAAUGUUCAAUUCAUUAUUUAAAUAUUCUGUUUCGCCAGCUAUUGAAUCACAAAAAAAAAUAUUAGUGCUAAUUUUUUCGGAGUUUUUGGGAGUUUGUCUUUGAGAAUCUCCAAUGUCGGAAAGUACAAGGUCUGGUUUUACCGUUACCCUUGGGCGCGGUGGUCGGGUGGUGAAGAAGGCAGGUGGUUUACCAGAGGAGGGGUUUCAUAAUGAUCGAGUGAUGACAAGAAGUAAACGCUCGAUCAGAGAUAGACUAGGUGGAAAUUCUGAUGAUAGACAUCACCCGUACAGCAAGCGGCAACGUGGGGAGGGUUUUGGCACGAGUAGCGUAAAUGAUAUGCAUCUACGUAAGGACGAUCUUCGAUUUAAGUUGAUGCAAAAAAAUACAAGCCGGCAAUCUCAGAACAGUGAUUCACAUGGUAACAUUGAUCUCCGAGAUAAACUUUCGAGUAGGACCUCUCGGCAGUCAGUAGAUAAUAAGGCCAUCCGUCCUCCUGAAUCUGCUGUUACUACACGACACCCUUUGGUUGAACCAAGGAAUACUGGGUUACCUAGGUACCCCAUUCUCGAACCCAGGGAUGCCAGCAUAUUAGGGAGAUAUCCUUCCUCGAGAAACCCUAGUGAGUUGUCUGUGGUUAACCCUGGCCGAGCUUAUUCUUCCUGGACUUUGGACAAUUUGAGACGAAGGUCUCCAGAGAAGCUUUAUCACUCUUCUGCUUGUAGGGUGCUCUCUCCUGAAAGAAGUAGGGAAGAUUUGCAGAGAAGGCCAAUCAGGGGGCCAUAUGAUGAUGGGAGAAGUUCAUGUAUGAGAGUUAGUCCACCAAGACCUGUCACUUCUUCAUCCUUUGUGAUAAAAUCUUCUCUAUCUGCUGCUCCUGUAAAGUCUUCUGUACCACUUCCUCCACAUUAUGCUCAAGCAAGUGGAAUUAUUCACAAGAUCCCAUCCACGGUUGAUGAAUAUCCCUCUGUCGAAAGCUUCUUGCAGUCUCUAGGGUUGGACAAGUACGCCAUUUUUUUCAAGGCUGAGGAGAUUGACAAGAAUGCUUUGAAGCAAUUAGGUGACACUGACUUGAAAGAGUUGGGCAUACCGAUGGGGCCUAGAAAGAAGAUUCUCCAAUCUCUUGCGCCUCGUUCUAGACGGCUUCCAUAACAGUACCGACAGUUUGAAAGAAAACCAGUUGCAAAUUCUUGUUUGGCAUGUAUUCAACUGCAAGUUUCUCCACAAUGGUACUCUUAGUCAUUGUUACACCUUGGGUUGAUCAUAUAGGCCCCUUACGCUGUUAUCAAAUUUAUCUACUUCAACUGUUGAUAAAUCAUGCAUGUUGUGUGGGGAAGUUGAGUAGUUGAUGUAUGUAUGAUAAUUGAAAUUUUUUGCCAUGAUUUUGCAAUUGAGCCUGGAAAUUGAGAAGGCAAGGAUUGUUUGACUUUUA